AUGACCACAAAUCUUGUAGAAUCCCUAAACGGCGUAUUUAAGGGAACUAGGAACCUCCCCAUCACAGCGUUGAUAAGGGCAACGUAUUACAGAUUGGGGUCACUAUUUGCAGCAAGAGGCAAAAAAUGGAGCGAUGUACUGCAAUCAGGGCAAAUAUUCAGCGAAUCAAGCAUGAAGUAUAUGAGGGAUGAAACUUCUAAGGCGGCCUCACAUCGAGUUAGACCAUUUGAUCGUCACGAUUACAGCUUCAUUGUUGAUGAGACAAUGGAUCACAAAGAGGGUCGGCCAAUGGGACACUACAGGGUGGAACUUCAUAAAAAUUGGUGCGACUGCGGAAAGUUUCAAACCUUCUGCAUGCCUUGUUCACAUGUAAUUGCCGCAUGUUCAACUGCUCGUCAGGAUCCAUUCUUGCAGCUAUCAGAAGUUUACAAGGUCGUGAACUUAUUCGGUAUCUACAGUAGCAGUUUUCCAGUGGUAGCUAGCGAGGACUACUGGCCAACCUAUCAUGGAGACACAAUCUACCACAAUGAAAAUAUGAGAAGAAACAAAAAGGGCCGCCCCAAAAGCACCCGAAUCACAACUGAAAUGGAUACAGCUGAGAAAAUGGAAAGAUUGUGCGGAAUAUGUCGUCUUCCCGGGCAUACAAGGAAAAACUGUCCAAAUGUUGGAACAAGUUCUAGGUAG